AUGGAUCAGAGCUGUGGCCAAGUGACGCUUCUGGCGCAAACUGCCUGUCCAAAGCAGUUUUCGUUCGAUGGCGUCUAUUAUAUGGAUGCCACUGCCGAGCAAAUCUAUAACGAUAUUGUUUAUCCACUUGUUGAAGUGAGUGCACAUAUUACUGCAGUAAUUUCAUUUGCCUUUCUGGCAUCAGAAACAAAAAUCAUGGCAGUACUUAUAUGUGACAAAAGUUUUGAAUGUCUGAAUUUUAUAUUAUCUUUUUUCUUUAUAUUAUUAAUCCAAAAAUAA